GGAUCGAUCAAUAAAUACAAAAAAUCCAAGACUCCCACGCCAGCCCGAACCGGCCCAAAGGGAGAUGGGUCUGUAACUAUCCGAUUCGAAAUGCCAUUUAAUAUUUGGUGUGGAGGCUGCAAUGCCCACAUAGCGAUGGGAGUUAGGUUCAAUGCACAGAAAAAAAAGGUCGGAGAUUACUUCACCACCCCUAUUUUGUCAUUUCGGAUGAAAUGUGCUCAAUGUCCAAACUGGUUUGAAAUUCAGACAGACCCAAAGGAAACAGAUUAUAAAGUCAUCGAAGGGGCCAGAAGAAAAAUCGAGACGUGGGUUCACCAGCCAGGAUCGACCGUUUUGCGACCGGAAGAGGAUGUCGAGGUGCAGAAGAAAAGGGCUACAAAUGCGUUCUUCCGGCUAGAGAAAUCCAUUGAAGACGAAAAUGUUGCAUUAGAAGCGGCUCCAUACUUGGAGCGAUUAUUUAAUGCGCAGAAAAGCAUCUGGAAGGACGAUUAUCGAUCAUCCCAAGUUGUCCGCCAAAAAUUUAGAUCCGAAAAGGAGGACAUCGAGUUUCAGCAGAAAAUAGAUGCAGAACUGCUGAAAAAGAUAUCCAUCGGCGGCUUGCAAUUGCUGCCAGAACAUGCUUCGGACAUCGAAAAGGCUCUCAGCACCCGGUUCAAUGCCUCCAAAAAUGCUCGGCCUCAGAAUUUGGCAACCCUUCUGACGCAGCGGAGAAAGAAUUGUAAAAAUGGCAAAUAA